UUUUAUCACUUCACCCACAGCCACAUGAACCAUGCUGUACUCACUUGAAAAAAAUUAUCAUCAUUUUAUUUUCACCAGAGAGAGAGAGAGAAUGGCUACUGGGUUACUGGAGGUUCAUCUUGUUAAUGCUAAAGGCCUUACUGACACCGAUUUCUUAGGUAAUAUUGAUCCUUAUGUUGUGAUGCAAUACAAAGGCCAAGAGCGCAAAAGUAGCGUGGCCCAAGGACAGGGCGGUAUUCCUACCUGGAACGAAAAAUUUACAUUCAGGGUGGAGUAUCCAGGAGGUGGUGGCCAGUACAAGCUCAUUCUUAAAAUUAUGGACAAGGACACCUUCAGUCCCGAUGAUUUCCUUGGUGAAGCCACAAUCUACAUGGAGGAUUUUUUGUCCAUAGGAAUGGAAAAUGGAAGUGCCGAAUUACAUCCUCGCAAAUAUAACGUAGUUCAAGCUGAUGGAACUUAUUGUGGAGAGAUUCAAGUCGGUCUCACUUUGACCCGCCAGUAUGAGCAGGCAACUGAAAGGGACUUUGGAGGCUGGAAAGAAAGUGAUGUGUCAUAAGACUCUGAUUGCUCCAAUGAAUGAGUUUAGUUAAAUUGUGUAAAAUUUGAAGGAGGAUGUGCAACUCUUGUUAGGACUCCAGAAUUGUUCAUUUGCUCAUAUGAUGUGGUGUGCUAUCAAAUUUCUUUAAUUUCGGGUAAUAGGAUUUACCUACCUUCAAUUCGCCAAAAUAAUUAUAUUAAAAAGUAUUAAACUUA